AUGAACCUGGAUGAAAUGGACCAUGAAGCGUUGUCUACGCCACAAAAAAGCCCAUCUCUUCUCUCAAGAAAGAAGCUCUCGUUUGAGUUGCAUGAUGUAUUUUCUGCUAUUGAUAAGAAUGAUGUUGACAAAAUUAUGGCGAUCCGUGACGCACGCUUUGAAUUGUUGCUCGGUUCGAAAGCCGAUGAGCCAGGAACACGCGCUUGCACACCGCUUGAGUAUGCGAUAGGCCUUGGUCCAAAGCAUGAACGCAUAUGCUUGUUUAUAGUGGGUGCAUUGUCCCGCUAUGUUAACCAUCUCCCUGAAGACAAGCCGUUGGAUUUAACACAGAAAGACAUGCUCCGUAAAGUGCGUUCAAACCUCAAAUUGGCCAUGGACCAAAGUCUCUUUAAAGAUGACACUUCGCUAGUUGCAAGCUAUUUACAAGUGCUUGUUAUGUCCGAGGGAAAUGCAUGGCUCGAACACGCCAUCAAGACAGUCAGGUACGAGCUGAAAACAUGGUUAAGUGGACCUCAACGACAUGGCGGCAUUGAGGCCCAGCCGCUCUCAGUCGCCCACGAGUCUAUCGAAAAUUUUCUUACGACGCAUAUGCGUAUACGUCGCAAGAAAGAACAUGUGGUGGUUGCUGCUGUCGAUGACUAUGUCGCGAAUGCGUCAAGUGACUUGCUUCUCUUGGCGCUUUGGUCUCUCCUCCCGGAGCAUGACGAAUUACCGCUUUAUGCCUUCGCACGCGAUGAUCGUUGCACCGCACUGUUCUGCGACGAAGUUUCACGAAAAGCGCCGUCAUCUUCUCUCAGGGUGGCGCGUGUAGCGAUGAGCAUUGUAGAGGCGCUUCACGACGGUCUGCAUUCACAUACAUCGAGAGAAAGAUGGAGUAUAUUGCAACGUAUCAUCAAGUAA